GAAAUCAAUUCAUUUGCAAAUUUCACAAAUUUUCUUUAAUAUUUCUUUUCAUUUGGUAAAUCAAAGCCUAAUUACUAUAUUUGUGGAUUGUUAAAAUUUUGAAAUUUGAAACGAUGUGAAAAGUCUCAAAGCGCUUGCACUAACUUGAAAAGAGUAGAACUUUUGCAAACUUUUCCAUUUGCAUACGCUACUUGCGCGCGUCUUCGGUAUCCGUACACUCGAAUAGAACGAAUAGCGAAUAUCACGGCCUUCAUCGGUGCGCUAUCGCCGGUUGUCCUUCCUUUAGAAAAUCCCGUCCUGCAGAUUGCACUGCUUCCUGAGUUCUGCGACGUGUCCUCGCACUGGCACUCGUUUCCGUUCAAUCUAACUUGGUAAAUACUUUCCUUUCGGUCGUCCUUCCAUUCGGACGCUUGCAAUACCAGCGAGAAAGAAAGGACGAUGGUAAAGAAAGGCGUGCGUUCAAUUUACCGUGGGUAAUCGUGAAUUGCCUCGAUAUUCUACAACGUGCAUUUCACAUUCUUGUCACUCUCUCACAUUUAGCAUCACAUCAAAAGUCUCACAUUAAUUGAAUACAAAUUUAAUUUCUUGCAAGUAAACACAAAUAUUAUUUUGUCAUACGGAAAAAAGUUUCACGGUUAGAAAAACAGCAAUAUAAAUAAAGCGGGAAGAAUGAAGAAUCGUCUUCCUGAUAUUAUGAUUUCAGGGCACGCAUGCCAGGAGAAAAAAAACCUUUCCGGGUAUAAGAAUGCUUCGAAGUAGUCGAGUAGUAGUCAGUAUUCCAACUAGUUAUCUCUAUCUUUAUGUAUGAGCGCCAGAAUGGCAACGCGCAGUCACCCAUUAUCCUUCUUUGCGUGCGUGUUCGACUUACAUACGCGGCGAUACUUUCCAACACCUAUAAAAACGUCAGGAGUUCGAGGUCUUAAAUUUGGCUCGCCUUCUGCCUGCGCUGCAAAGUUUGCCAACCUAUUUCGGCCGAAACAUCAGCUGCAUAACGCAUAAACCCGUUCGAGUUUAUUUUAUUAAUUCAUUUUAACACUAGCAAAAAAACACCUUUUAUAGGAUAAAAUAUAUAACUAAAAUAUUGAAAUAGUACUUAGCUUAUAAAAAAUUACUAUAAAAAGCACACGUUUUUGUACAUUCUAAGCGCAAUUCGUUCUUUUUCUUUAAUGAAAGUCUAACAAAAACUAUUUUUUGCUUUUCGUGGAAAGUAAUUUUCUGCGAAACUUUGUUCCCAAAGACCAACAAUAUAUUUAUUAACUAAUACUUGGAAACUCAUGAUAAGAUUAUGAAAUUAACUAUCCAAACAACUUACACAAGUAGUUUUUCAAACUUUUUUGUAGCCCAAAAUUAGCAAUAGACGGCAAAACAAAACAAAAAAUAAAGUUUCCAACAAAAACUUGGCAAUUUCCUCUCAUUGCCCUCUACAUUGCAACUCAUUGCUUCUUAUUACGCGCGAAGGUUCAUUUCUAAUCUUCUACAAAGACGGUUGCGGAAAAACUUUUUCUAAACCUAAAAUCGUCCAGCAAAAAUUGCUUCUGUCUCUUCCACUCUGCUCAUGAAAAUGUGUUGGAGUCCAAGUCCAACAUCAAAGAAAUGUAGAUACUGUUACUGUUAAAGCGGUUACUCGACUACUUUCCGAGAGUGUUAAGUGAGACUGAAGAACUAAAAUUCACUGUCGGAAGCGUGACGAACAAAGAGUCGAGGCGCGAGCAAAAACGAACGCAAGGAAGGUUCUGCGCCUGACACUAUCAAAAUAAUAGAAGUCGUUCAUUGCGUGCGUUUAUCAACGUCAGUUUUAAACGAAAACCGAGUUCGACCAGACACACUGGACGCCUGCUAAUGUUCUUUUAUUCUAGCAGUAGAGGUCAUUCUAUGAUCACACAGGAAGAAUCCAAAUUCUCACUGGCAAGGUGGGAUUAAUUGUGGAUAAUUAUCUUGGCCAUUACAUUGACACUUAGUUAAUUUAUUUUAGAUAAAUCAAAAUAAUUGGUGAUUUUUCUUUGUAAAUUUGGUAAUAUUACGUUUGCUUGUUUUUUUUUAUACUUUUAGGAUUAUUAGGUAUACAGCAAUAAUUCUUGGUUUUGUGAGUUUGCACUCGUGGUUGCUUUUUUAUCGAGUUGUUCCGGCUUUUCGUCCCAAAACGUGCGUCUCAAACGACGCAUUUACGGUUUUAUGCGUUGCUCUCGCCGAGAUUAAUUUCGGCGUUUUUGGUUGCUGGCUUUUGGCGGGGGGCGGCAAUCUGACGUUAUGCGCGAGGAGUCGUUAGAGCGGGUAUGAAAAAAGCAUCAGGACCUGCGAUUCCAGGGUGUUUUACGACGAGCUUGCUCGUGAUGAGUCGUUAUCGCAACUUUCGCUUCGAGAAGAAAUUCCGGAGACAAUUCAAAUAUAAAAAUGUUUCAAAAAAUUUAAAAUCUUCAUAAUAUGGACAAAUCCAACAGAAGUUGUACCAACAUAAAAAAUAUUUUUUGCAAAUAGCAAUGGGUUUUAUUGAAGUAGGUAUUUUCUUCUGUAAAUGCAUGAUUCAUGAGUGUAAUAAAUUGCACUUUAUCCGACGCACGUUUUUACGCGGUUUGCGGCAAAAUUGCACAAAAACCAACGCAAUCAAAGCGAUGCAAAGACAAAAUCCCUUGCGUUGGAAUGGCUGGCAUAUACACUCGGCACGUUCUGAAGCGCCAUCAAAGAGCGUGCUAUAAGUGUGUUGACUGAAGCGGGGUAAUCUGUUUGUUCUUUUUGUGUUACAACCGUAACAGCAAGUAUGGAUGCGUUACAUUUUUGUUUACACGCGACUAUUCGCAUAUGAGUCGCAAAAUAUCUCAUAUUAUACAUGAGAAAACUAAAUUUGAUCCAAAACUAUUAUGUCACACUCUGUAUAGCAGAGAUAUGAUUUUGAAUCUAUCGCGAAAGUGCUUCUCUAGUCAUGUUUUGAAUAGAUAUCCACAGUAGUUGAACAGUAAACAAACGCGUUCUUCUUAAAACACAAACUCAUGCAUACGCAAGCAUACGCCAGUGAAUAUAUUCGCUGAUGGAAUUUUGAGACUUAAUGCUUAUUGACAUUCUGAUGCUUCCGACACACUUUGAAAGUUAUUAAAACACAUGGCGUGUUUAGACAUAAUUGAAACGCGUCAGAACGAGCCAGUUUUAUUCAUUAUGGGUACAUAAUUCUUUAUGACUGCGCUCGAAAUAGGUAAAUUUAUGAAUUUAUGACUUUAUGAGACCGAUGGAAAAACUGCCCUGUCUUGAGCUAUUAUAAACGAAGUAACGUUUUAAUUAGUUCUUGGCCGCUUUGCACUUGACACAUUUGAGUAAUUUAUGAGACAAUAGUAUCAGCUAUAAAAAUAAUUUACUACUGAUAGUGAAUUUAAUUUAAUUUACAAAAUAGUUUAAGUUCAAAAAUAUAAAUAAAACAAAUCGCAUUUUAAGUUGAACAUUUAUGCCUCUUUACAUAUUCCCAAACGAAAUGAAAGUUUAUUUUCAUUUCCCAUUUGUUUGGGAGUUUUUUCCCUCUCGUCUCCCAGAAGAAUUCAUUGGUUUAUGUUUAUUAGCGAACAAACCACGCAGGACUCCAAGUAAAUCUGUUUAACUUUCUUGUAUACCCUCAUGAUGCUCACAGUUGGAUUUGAAUCAAUAUCAAACGCGAAGACCAUGAGACAAUUUCUUCGCACGCGAAUUUUCAACAAGAAGUAAAAGUUUUAAGAUGUGGAAUGUUUUAUGGAAUAGAUUUUGCGUGCGCCCUACUGUAUUUUGGUAAAAAAUAAAAAUUGCUGUUACGUGAAAAACGUCUACUCAGUAAAAUAUUACAAAAGUGCAAAGAAAAAAUAUAACACGCUACACACACGCACAUAGAAUAUGAAUUGUUCAAAAGUGUCAUUCUUCAUUCGCGGAAUUCUAAAAAUGCGCAACGUUACAAUUCCAGCAUAAAAGAGAAAUAUGAAUAUGAUUCAAGCAUACUACAAAAAUGGAGUUUUCAUUUCUGAAUUUAAUAAUUUACGCAUUUGUAUUAAAAUUUUAUGUAGUAAAAAAUGCUGUCAUAAUAUUUUUGACAUUUUUCAUCUGAGUCAAAAUUUGCAUUCGAAAUUUGAAAAGUGUUAAUAUUCUGAAUGUUGGACGAUGUCUUUAACUACGACGCGCUUGUUCACGCGUGAGGUAGAGGACGAAUCGUGUCGCCGUCGCCACCAUCGCGAGAAACUGGAAACAACCGAAUCGGAGGAUCCCAAUGAACGCGGCUUGCAAUUGGAGAGAAAAUUGGCCUCGAUACGUCGGUCGACGCGCCACUUGAGAGAUAAGCUGGCGGCGGAACACGACGAGCUGGAGGCCGCUCGCGUCAAGAACGCCACCUCCUUCGCCGCCUCGCAUCAAUACCUUCCGCAACCGCCAGCAGCACAUCUACCACAAACAUCUCUAUCGCAUAGUCCAGCGCUGAACCAGUUUCUCGCAUACCAAAUGUCAAUGUCAGCAUGGAUGCCCUACGGUUAUCCUGGUUAUGCUGGAUAUCCCGGCUGCUACCCGAUGGAUGCGCGCAAUCCGUACGCGUCGUUGCAGAAUUUGAAUUACAUGCCAUUCUCGCCGAUGCAUCGAUUAUCGCCCUUCACAUGGAUGGACCCAUACUCGUCCUACUCACCACCCUACCCGUAUCCGCCGUACACACCGUACUCUUUGUUCGAUCCACUCGGUACAAGCAGGAUGGCAAGCACGGGAAACUUAGGAGAUAUUUUAAAUUCAUGCCCAUCAGUCAUUCCAAUGAUUUCGGAAACCAACGAUCAUCUGGAUCGAAUUGAUAGGAUGUGCAAAGAAGAAUCCAAAAAGUUAAGGCAGUACAAAAAGAAAAUAAAAACACUACAAACAAAAGUAAAUUAUCCGAGUGACGAUAUGUCAUCUGAUGGGAGCUAUUCAUUUCGAAAAGUCAAAAAACGAAGGAGAUAUAAAUAUCAUUCAUAAAAAUAUGUGGCGUCUGUUUUGGUUACAUAAAUAAAGUUUUUGUUUAGACAGUUUA